CAUCGCGAGUGUCCUUGAGCUGCGAGUGAUGGUGGCUCUUGCCGCUCGCGCCCCCUCCUCCCGCAGGGGCAGCCUGAUGCCACGUUCCCUAUGAAUUAUUUAUCACCGGCCUAAAAAUACCCCGUACUUCACAGCCCGAGUGACCUUCCAGUGGACAUGGGUGGGGCCCUGGGGCCGGCCCUGCUGCUCACUUCGCUCCUCAGUGCCUGGUCAGCACUGAGCCCAGAGCAAGGCGAACAGGCUGUGACAGUGGCUGUGGUGUUUAGCAGUUCAGGGCUGCCGCAGGCCCAGGCCCGUGCCCGCCUCAACCCCCAGAGCUUCCUGGACCUGCCCCUGGAGAUCCAGCCACUCACAGUGGGGGUCAACAACACCAACCCCAGCAGCCUCCUCACCCAGAUCUGCGGGCUCCUGGGUGCUGCCCGUGUCCAUGGCAUCGUCUUUGAGGACAAUGUAGACACAGAGGCAGUGGCCCAACUCCUGGACUUCGUCUCCUCCCAGACUCACGUGCCCAUCCUCAGCAUCAGUGGGGGCUCUGCUGUGGUCCUCACUCCUAAGGAGCCGGGCUCCGCCUUCCUGCAGCUGGGCGUGUCCCUGGAGCAGCAGCUGCAGGUGCUGUUCAAGGUCCUGGAGGAGUACGACUGGAGCGCGUUCGCGGUCAUCACCAGCCUGCACCCGGGCCACUCGCUCUUCCUCGAGGGCGUGCGCGCUGUCGCCGACGCCAGCUACCUGAGCUGGCGGCUGCUGGACGUGCUCACGCUGGAGCUGGGCCCGGGCGGGCCGCGCGCGCGCACCCAGCGCCUGUUGCGCCAGGUGGACGCACCGGUGCUGGUGGCCUACUGCUCGCGCGAGGAGGCUGAGGUGCUCUUCGCCGAGGCGGCACAGGCCGGCCUGGUGGGACCCGGCCACGUGUGGUUAGUGCCCAACCUGGCGCUGGGCAGCACCGACGCGCCCCCUGCUGUCUUCCCCGUGGGUCUCAUCAGUGUGGUCACCGAGAGCUGGCGCCUUAGCCUGCGCCAGAAGGUCCGCGACGGCGUGGCCAUACUGGCCCUGGGCGCCCACGGUUACCGGCGACAGCACGGUAUCCUGCCCGCUCCAGCUGGGGACUGUCACAGCCACCCCGGGCCGGUUAGUCCAGCCCGGGAGGCAUUCUACAGGCACCUAUUGAAUGUCACCUGGGAGGGCCGAGACUUCUCCUUCAGCCCUGGUGGGUACCUGGUCCAGCCCACCAUGGUUGUGAUUGCUCUCAACCGGCACCGCCUCUGGGAGAUGGUGGGGCGCUGGGAUCAUGGUGUCCUCUAUAUGAAGUAUCCAGUGUGGCCUCGCUAUAGCACCUCCCUCCAGCCUGUGGUGGAUAGCCGGCACUUGACAGUGGCCACGCUAGAAGAGCGGCCCUUUGUCAUCGUGGAGAGCCCAGACCCUGGCACAGGUGGCUGUGUACCCAACACCGUGCCCUGCCGCAGGCAGAGCAACCACACUUUCAGCAGUGGGGACGUGGCCCCUUACACCAAGCUCUGCUGUAAGGGCUUCUGUAUCGACAUCCUCAAGAAGCUGGCUAAAGUGGUCAAAUUCUCCUAUGACUUGUACCUGGUGACCAAUGGCAAGCAUGGCAAGAGGGUGCGCGGUGUGUGGAACGGCAUGAUCGGGGAGGUGUACUACAAGCGGGCAGACAUGGCCAUCGGCUCCCUUACCAUCAAUGAGGAGCGCUCUGAAAUUGUAGACUUCUCCGUACCCUUCGUGGAGACCGGCAUCAGCGUGAUGGUUGCUCGCAGCAAUGGCACUGUCUCCCCAUCUGCUUUCCUGGAGCCCUACAGUCCUGCAGUGUGGGUAAUGAUGUUUGUCAUGUGUCUUACGGUGGUCGCCAUCACUGUCUUCAUGUUUGAGUACUUCAGCCCGGUCAGCUACAACCAGAACCUCACCAAGGGCAAGAAGACCGGGGGCCCAUCCUUCACCAUUGGCAAGUCUGUCUGGCUGCUGUGGGCUCUGGUCUUCAACAACUCAGUGCCCAUCGAGAAUCCCCGAGGCACCACCAGCAAGGUCAUGGUCCUGGUGUGGGCCUUCUUUGCCGUCAUCUUCCUGGCCAGCUACACAGCCAACUUGGCUGCCUUCAUGAUCCAGGAGCAAUAUAUUGACACCGUGUCAGGCCUCAGUGACAAGAAGUUCCAACGGCCUCAAGAUCAGUACCCACCCUUCCGCUUCGGCACGGUGCCCAACGGCAGCACAGAGAGGAACAUCCGUAGUAACUAUCGUGACAUGCACGUCCACAUGGUCAAGUUCAACCAGCGCUCGGUGGAGGAUGCACUCACCAGCCUGAAGAUGGGGAAGCUGGACGCCUUCAUCUAUGACGCGGCUGUCCUCAACUACAUGGCGGGCAAGGAUGAAGGCUGCAAGCUGGUCACCAUUGGGUCUGGCAAGGUCUUUGCCACCACUGGCUACGGCAUCGCCAUGCAGAAGGACUCCCACUGGAAGCGGGCCAUAGACCUGGCCCUCCUGCAGUUCCUGGGGGACGGAGAGACACAGAAACUGGAGACAGUGUGGCUCUCGGGGAUCUGCCAGAAUGAGAAGAAUGAAGCAAUGAGCAGCAAGUUGGAUAUUGACAACAUGGCGGGGGUCUUCUACAUGUUGCUGGUGGCCAUGGGGCUGGCCCUGCUGGUCUUUGCCUGGGAGCACCUGGUCUACUGGAAGCUGCGCCACUCGGUGACCAAUACAUCCCAGCUGGACUUCCUGCUUGCUUUCAGCAGAGGCAUCUAUAGCUGCUUCAACGGGGUGCAGAGCCUCGCCAGCCCCUCACGGCCUCCCAGCCCGGACCUCACGGCCAGCUCAGCCCAGGCCGGCGUGCUCAAGAUGCUGCAGGCAGCCCGCGACAUGGUGUCCACGGCGGGCGUGAGCAGCUCCCUGGACCGCGCCACGCGCACCAUCGAGAGCUGGGGCAACAGCCGCCGCGCGCCCCCGCCCGCCUGCCCCGGGCCCCGCCCGCCCACCCCUCGUCCGCCGCAGGAGCCGAACCCCAGGGCCUGGGGACCGCCUGGCGGGUGCCACGCUGCGCCGGUGCGCAGGGUCCCGCAGCCCCCGGGGCGCCCCCCGACGCCUGGGCCGCCUCUGUCCGAUGUCUCCCGGGUGCCGCGCCCGGCCGCCUGGGAGGCACGGUGGCCAGUGCGAGCCGGGCACAGAGGGCGACACCUCUCUGCCUCUGAGCGGCGCGCGCUCCCAGAGCGCCCCCUGUCGCCUGCACACUGUCACUACAGUUCCUUCCCUCGAGCAGACCGGUCCGGGCGCCCUUUCCCCCCACUCUUCCCGGAGCCUCCGGAGCCAGACGAUCUCCCGCUGCUCGGGCCCGAGCAGUUGGCCCGGCGGGAGGCCCUGCUGCGCGCGGCUUGGGCCCGAGGUCUGCGCCCACGCCACGCUUCCCUGCCCAGCUCGGUGGCCGAGGCCUUCGCUCGGUCAGGCCCCCUGGCGGCCGGGUGCACGGGUCACGCCUGCGCCUGUCCUCACCGCAGGCCCGUCUGCGGGCGAUCGGCGCAGGCGCAGUCAUUGCAGCUGCCCACCUGCCGGGAGGCCGUGCGGGCGGGGGUGCCAACCUGGCAGCCCAGACAGCACGUCUGCCUGCACACCCAUGCCCCGCUGCCGUUCUGCUGGGGAGCUGUCUGCCCUUACCUCCCACCCUGUGCCAGCCAUGGCCCCUGGCUCUCUGGAGCCUGGGGGUCGCAGGCACACAGCAGCAGGACCCUGGGGCUGAGUACAGGCUUCAGGGACAGUAGAGUGCUAGAAGAGGUCAGCUGCGGAGCCUGUGGGACUCAAGGCUUCCAGGGACCCUGCACCUGGAGGCGGAUCUCCAGCCUGGAGUCGGAGGUGUGAGGUCACCGCCUCUUCCGGUUCCUUCUGGGCUGGAUCCUCUUCCUGGCACUGCCAGGGUUACAGAGCAGGCAGGCUUGGGCCUUUCUAGCUCCUACCAUGAAUUUCUGGCCAUGGGACCCCAGUGGCAGAUAAAGUCUUCAGUGACCUUUGUGGACUCAGGUCUGGCCAUAGGCUGGCUGCUAUUGUCCCCUCAUUACACAAAGUCCUGUCCACUCAGCCUGGACUCGCAGGGAGCAGAGGGGUAGGAUUCCUGAGGGUGUCCCUGCCCUGGUGUUAGCCAGUACCUGGUCAUGGUUGUUGUGGCCAUGGAAUGGGGGCAAAGAGGCUGGAACUUGGGAUUCCAUCCUGCCCCUUGUUCCAAACUGGUGGACUUCAUUUUUAGUGGAAUACUGGGACAUUAAACCAACCUUUUAAAACCCA